GGCAACCUUUGACCUCUCCGAGAGAUUCUGACACCCAUAAGGGAAGUAUUCCCACUGUUGAAAAGGAAGUGGGAAAGCAGUUUAAUGGUGCAGAAGGUUGGGAACGGUGCGUGUCAAAAGAAACUCGGACGAAAAGAAAGGAUCAGCUCUUGAAAUGUUUCCAGCAG